UAUGUAAAAAUUAUUAACAUUGUUUUUUCAGUUUAAUUUUCUGAAGAACGAUGGCGACGAAUUUUGUCAAAUAUUCUCAACUUAUCAAUAACUCAACGAAAUACGCACAACGGAUGAAAAGGUUAUCGAACAGAAUAUUCAGCGAAGUCGCGAUUCCGACCAACUCUAGGUCGAUGAAAGUGGUUAAAAUUUUCUCAGCCAGGCCACUGCAUAGCAACGAGGAGAUCAUUCACUACUACCCUAGACAUGUAGAGACUCACGCAUUGAUGCUAAAACUGCGCGAAUACGGUUUAUUCCGCGAUGAACAUCAAGACUUCAAAGAAGAGAUGAAGAGACUUCGAGAGUUGCGUGGCAAGGUUAAAGUUUGGAAAAGAAAACUAAAUCAGGAGCAAAAAGAGUCUUAGUGUGUGUGCUGUAUUUAUUUAUUGUAGGCUUUUAAGUCACGACAAUUGUUUUGUGACAACCAGAUUAAAAUUAGAUAAUUCAGAACUUUUUGCUGUUCCAUAUUCAAUGUGGAUAAUGUAAAUAAAACUUCGGUUUAUGAAACACGUUAUGUACUAUAUUAAUAGAAUAAAACUAAUUAGGUGAGUUAUACAUAA